AUGCGUUAUUCCUGUCUACUCAACUUAAAUGUGCUAUCUAACACAGAAGGUAAUAAGUGUCCAGAUGAGAUAGAGAAUGUAGUACAGACAUGUAUAGAAGAGUCAGGAAUGUAUAAUCUAAAACAUACAAUCGGUUCAGUUUUCAUUGAUGGCAGAUUAGAUACACAGUUCUGCAGAAGUGGUAUGGAUAUUGCUGUGACUUGUAUUGAGAACAUACUCAACUUCUGUCAAGAUGAUCUGGAACAGAAGAGGAUGCUGAACCUCCUGGUGGACAUUGACAAGCUCAGAACCAGUUUCUAUUAUUUCUGUCAAAAUAUCCACGUGUUCGCUACGAAUCAGUCGUGUUUAAUUGGGUUGUAUCAGGUACCAGUAUGUAUCGACAGAGUCACACAUGAACAAAAUCUUCAAACCAAUUCUACUCAACCACCUGAUGUGACAGUAAUGGGGUUAAUGAACAGUCUAUGUGGGUAG